CAGUGAAGUAAGCGUGCACGCGGUUUUGUUUUCCGAAGCAUUUCUCGUGCAAACAGAUAAAAUUGUGCCAAAAUGACGAGACUCUUCGUGGGAAACUUACCUCCGAAGACGACAGAGGAGGAGCUCUCCCAGGAAUUCGGUGCGUACGGGAAGGUCUCGUCGGUGGACAUCAAAGAGAAGCAGAAUGCCAACAAUUCGUCCAGCAAGUUCGCCUUCGUGACCAUUGAAAUGGCCAGCACGAUGGUGCAACAGUGUAUCCAGGAGUUCCGUGAGAUUGCCUUUCAUGGACACUACCUCACAGUGUCCGUGGCCAAAGAGAGUUUCCUUGAGAAGCUGAAGCGGGAGCGUGAAGAAGCUGCCAGUGAGGAGGCGGAAAAGAAACUCCCGAGAAAGGCGGAGAAGCAGGAAGAAUCCGAUGAGUUUGUCAUCCGGAAGAAUGCCUUCGCGGGUGAAAUGAAGAAAAAUGAUGUGCCUGAACACGAUGAGGAGUCAUUCCUGGUGAAGAAGCGAGGCCAAGGAGCGAGAAUGGUCAAUGGGAAGCUGAAAAUUAUCGGAGAUCCGAUGUUUGUGGGCAACGGAGGAGAGAAUUCCGGUGCUGAGCCGACAGAGAGAGAUCCCAGGGCGAUGAUAUCUGAGCAGAAACGCCUGGAAUCUCUCAGUAGAAAGAAGAAUACCUACAAUCAGCAAAAAUUCGCGAUAAAAGCAGCUCUGACGAGUGGCCAGAAGGCUGAGAAUGGAAGAAAAAUUGUGUUUGGCGACAGCGAGGAGACGAUAAAACCGAUGAAGCUGCUGGAUGACGACGAUGAAGACGAAGAUGUGGAUUUUUCCGUCAGACAGCAAUUCCAGGGAUCGUCUGGGCAGAAACUAUUGAAUCUCCAGGCGAAAUUCCAGGGCGAUAAGCGUUUCGCUCUCACUGAUGACUUCCGCGACGAGGCAGAAUGUGAAGAAAACGCAGAGAAAGCGGUGGAAGAGGUUGAUGAUGAGAGGAAGAGGCAACUGGAGAUCUUGGAAGGAGUUGUUGGACAUUCGCUGACCUCGUCAAAGCCCAAGAAAACCUUCCAAACCAUGCUGAGGUACGAUCCCACGAAGAAGGACCAUGAGAAGUACAUCAGAAAGCCUGAAGAUGAAGAUUUGCCGCAGAAGAAGGAUCUCUUGAGGAGGGAAGAAGUUCCGGCUCAGGUGUCUUCAGAAAAGUUCUACAAAAUCAACACGAAUGGCAUCGAACAGUCAUUCAACGCCGACAGCGGAGGAUUCAGUUUGCUGAAGAUGCUCGGGAGAGAUGAAGAUGACCGCGAAGCUGACCAGAGAGAAUCUUACGCCAACACAACACUGCCUGGGAAGACUAGUGCGGGAAAGCGCUUCAAGUAUGACUCGUCGGAUGAUGAGAAGGAUCCCAAGAAGACAAAGAAAGUUCCCAUUGAUUCCGCCAAGAGCAAAACUGGCGGGAAGAAGAACAAGAGAGGCAUUUUUAGGGAGAGUUUCUUCAUUCAGACAGGAGAUGCUAGACUCCAAGAAGGCCUGAGCUUCUUCCAGGCUCUCGCUGCCACCGAAGGCGACCAGUUCCAGGAGAAACGACACCAACUGAAGCAGAUUGUGCGGCGGAAAAUCAAGAAGAAUCAGCUUAAAGUGAAACAAAAUGUGCCUCGGAAGAAGUUUAAUGGGAAGACGAAGAAGCGCGCGAAAUAA